AUGAACGCAACUGUGGACAAAAGCUUGGACGAGAUUAUCUCGACAAACGGCAGCAACAAAAAGUCUGUGCGCCGGAAGCAGGCUGGUAUUCGCAAGAGUGCGCUGUCUCGCAAGAAGGCAACGGUCAAGGGCGGUGCGAGCCCGAAAGCGGCCAAGGUCGCGGCUGCCGCGGCCAAGAACGGCAGCGGAAAGAAGGUCGCCGCCUCGGCCGCCGCUGCUGCCGCUCAGGAUCUGACGCAGUACGCUACCCGUAUCAUUAUUUCCAACAUGCCCAAGGACGUGAACGAGAGCCAGGUCGAGAAGUUCUUCAAGUCGGAACUUGGGCAUGUGUCCAAGGUGGUUGCCAGCUACAACGCACGUGGCGUGCGAACUGGCCAGUUCACCAUCACUUUCACCAAGGAUGGUUUGGCUGCAAAGGCUAUGGAACGUUUUAAUGGCACUGUGAUCGACAACGGAGCUGCCAAAAUGAAGGUCGAGAUCGUGUUUGACCAGAGCGCAAAGCCCCUGGCCCAGCGUCUUUCUCUUAAGCCCGCUGCCGAUAGUGCAAAACCUGCCACUGAUGGCCAGCGCUCCCAAAAGAAGCGGCUCCGUGUCAAACAGAAGAACGCUGCCGCGGCCGCGACUGGCGUGGCCAACUCUACUUCGGACAAAAAGGCAGACGCCAAGCCCAAGAACGACCGUCGCCGUAGUAAGGGCCGCCGCACCAAGACCACUGAGGAGCUUGAUGCAGAAAUGGCAGACUACUUUGCCGGUGGUGAGCCUGCUGCCGACAUCAUUUCCUAG